AUGGCCGACUUGGAUGCCGAUAAGCCCGACCCGAUGUCGUCAGACGAGGAGGGCUUCGUCUCCAGCGAAAGCACCGCCUCAGUCGAGCUGGAAUCCUACGCAAAGAGAAAUCUCACUCUCGCGCUGGGAAAGCUACGUUUGGAACAGGAGGACGUGAACCGAUUCUCCGACCAAGGCGCUACCCCAUCGACUCCCCGCACGGAAGGCCGAAGUCAAACGCCUCCAGAUCUCAAGAUGCCGAAAAAGCCACGACUCUUGUUGGAUUUGCCUUUGGAUGUGUUGAAGGAGAUUAUCAAAGAGGUCACGCAUACAAAUGACCUGACAUCGCUCGCCCUAACAUGCUCUGCCCUCCAUGCGUUGGCUAUUCCGCACAUGUACUCCCGGUUCGACAUCGUCUGGCCAGAGUCACUGAACCCAUCAACGGAGGACUACUCGGGAGUGGAUGCUCUGUCUUAUGGCUUGUCGACAUUGGUAAUGGGCGAAGAUGUGUUUAGUCGGCUGCCACUGUUCCAUGACAGUCAGCCGAGCAACUGUACACACUGCGGUUGUCAUUGCCCACCACAUCCAAAUCCCCCAUCGGCAAACAACGAAGUCAGUGGGCGGUCGCGACGAGGGAAUCACUAUGCGCAAUACACUCGCACAUUCUCCAUUGGAAAUGGUCCGUUGAGCUGGGUCCAGGAAUACUCAGUGACCAAAGAAGUGGGUAAGAUGCUAGGGACGCUGGUUGCAUUGGCCGUUGCGCGGAUGAUCAAUCUCGAGGCUUUCGUCUGGGACAUGCCGACUGGAGUGGUUCGUGAAAUCUGGUUGGCGCUUGCAUCUUUGGCGGAUCGGCCAGGACAUGAAUGUCGCUUAGAGCGCAUUUGGGUGCGCUGGCAUGACAAUUCAGAGAAUGCUCUACGCAAUCUGUCUGCACCGGCAACGAGGCUCUUCCAGAAAUACAAACAUGUCGAACACCCUUCGUUGUCUGUAUUGCCUCCGCUUAAGAGCGUGGCUGUCCUUGACAUAGAUGAGCCGGCGUAUGUGGAAGAGCUGGCUCUUCUUAUUGAGCGAUCGCGUCAUCGCCUGACUGAGCUUCGAAUUGGCAUUGCCGAAAAAGCCCACAUGAGCGCGUGGCUACUAUGUGGGACGAACUCGGAGUCUGCAUCCAGUUGGCCCCGUGCAGAUGGCAUUCUGGGAAUCCUGAAACGACGCCAUUCGUGUGACCAACAGGAUGAUGUUACUGCAGCCUCCCCUAUCAAAGUUUUGAUCGCACCUGACAGUGCGACUGACGUCGCCACCAAGUGGUCGACACCUGCUGAGAACGAGGAAACCCUCUCUCCAGCAGAACAGUUACUUCCCAGUGCUGAGAAGAGCAAACGGUUGCCACAAGAUUCUGGUUUGCCCAAUCGGACUACUCGUUCGCCAGUGUCUGCCUUUGAAGCGGAUUCUGAUAUGCUUAACCUCGAUGUACUCGAAUUGGAACGUGUUCCACUCUCUGUACCCACAUUACUGCCAGCCGUUGACUGGACCAAACUCACCACUCUAACUGUCAUGCAAUGUGCUGACCAUGAAAAGCUUUGGCGGGCUCUUCGCCGAAAAUAUGCACCUCCUCCGGCACCGGUGAAGCGCCAGGACAAACCAGAUCGCCGAUUGAGUGAAAGCUCGGUUGACUUCCCGCUUAAACUGAAACACAUCCGUACAGAUAAUGUUUCACCCUAUUUGAUACUCUUCAUCAAGGAUGCAUUGGCAUCGAAUACCUUAGAAAGUGUCUUCUUGCAUGAAGCGCCGGGUCACGAAUCUUCUGUGCAAAUUGACGCCAUUUACCGGCACAUCCUACGAAAGCAUCGCAAGAGUCUGCGGAAGGUUCUUAUCGAUGGCACUGAUCGCAAGAUUGGCAGUGGGUAUUCCGGCUCGCGGUGGCAUAAAUGGAUGUUUACUCAUGACAUGAUAUCGUUUGUCACGAGUGGGAAAAUGCCGCAGCUGAAGGAGCUGGGCAUGGCGAUGAAUUAUGCCGAUUGGCAUUUCUUUCUCCAGAGGUUGCCAAACAUGCCCCAGCUUCGAGCGUUAUACCUACCAAACAUCGGCAACACCGUCCAUCGUGAUCUGAAAGAGCUAGCUCUCCAAGUUCUGGACAUCGUCAGCAUCCGUCCCGAUCUCAAAAUCGCCUACAUCGGUCUCCACGUCAAGUGCUUCCAAAUCCUCGAAGCCAGACAUGAUGAUAACCCCGCCGAUUUCGACGACAACCCUACGGCCGAUAACUCCCCGGCGCCCACUGAGGAGGAUGAAGACCCAUCGACCAACGGCAACCCCACCUUCGAAGACCACAGUGACGAUGACGAUUCAUUCAACGCAGACGUCCUUUCCAGUAAUCCGGAAGACUACGAUACCGACCCAGACGACGAUCAGAGUACCUCGCGCAUUCGCUACCGACUGCAGGAGAUUCUGUUUUAUGACGAGAAGGUUUCCAUUUUCAAGGCGCGACACGGUGUUUUAUGA